AUGAGCCAUCUCAUCUUUAGUAUAAAUUUAAACAUUUUAAAAUAUGUAAAAACAAUAAAAAUUCCAUUUAUCGCAGACGAUUUUUUCGGAAGAUUCGGAUUUGGAGAGAUUCCAACUCUAGCCACAAGUACUUGUACAUCCAACCAGAUUUCACUAAACCCAACUAUAUCUGAAAACUCAGUAAUUGGAGCCUUCAUUGACUCCCUCAACACACUCUUUUGGAAGGGCAAACAUUUUAAAGGUAUUUUAUUUUUUUUCAAAAUUCAAAGGAACUUUUAUUCCAAGUAA